AUGAAUCCUACAGAUUCCAGACUCCCGUCCGAGUCUCUCGAUGGGUCUCUUCAUGGCUCUAUAUCUGCAUCGUUCCGUGGGCCUUUAAAUGAAACAGUGCAGGACGACUCUUCCAUUCCUCAGCAGCUCAGUUCUUCUAUCGCCGGUCUUUCUCUCUAUCAAUCUAUCAGGUCUGCUUCGACUCCAUCUGCAACUUCUUCUUCUUCUCCGGUUGCCCUUUCUUCAAUCGGUCCUCAGCAUCCUCCUUCAGGAACUCUCAAAAUUACAAACAUCCCAGGAGAUACUACUUUACGUGAAGCCUUCCUUGUCUUCUCCCUCUGUUUGGACCAAGUUGCCUUUGUUGAUAUAGUUCAUCAGCCAACUUCUGCCUCUUCUACUUUGGAGAGCUCACCAUUGAAUCUAGCUGCAAAUGGAAGUUCUCAUUCGGAUGGAGAGGCUGCCGCUGCUGCUGCUCUUUCGUCUUCGUCUUCGUCUUCCUCCCCUUUGGCCAUUGUCGCAAGAUUUGUCUCUUCUCAAACGGCUCGUCAGGUCGCCCAACUUCUCGACCACAAGUGUGUAUUUGGUUCUGCCUAUCCUCCUGUUCAUGUUGAGUUCGUCGACGAUUCUCCGUCUCAUCACACUCCUGUCUUCUUCAAAAAGUUUCCUAUCGCUCAGCAUGUCUCUCAUUCUCAUUCCCGUCUCUUGUUUAGUAAUCCUUUCCAGCACGGCCAGCAGCCGCCACAGCAGCAUCAGCAGUCUUCUCCAUUGAGUCCUCCUCCUCUUGUUUCUCUUGCUUCUCUAUCGCAACCUCCUCAUGUUCCUUCUUCUGCUAUGGCACAUCCCUCGUCUUCUUCGUCCUCCUCUAACUCUGCCAAUGGUGUUCCAACCUCUGGUACUCAAAGUUCGGUAUCUGCACCUUCUAGUGCCUCUCAAAGACCAUCGGUUACAGCUCAGAAGGUUCUGGAUCAACUUACGUCACCUCUUCUGCCUUCCUCUGGUCAGAAUCUGCUGAUGCUAGAUGAUUACAAUCCGCUGGUGCAUCCUUGGGGUAAUCACCCCAGUACUCCCACCUCCGCAACCUCUGUGACUACUCCUCAAUCUUCCAAAAUGCUUGCGGAACCACUUUCCGUUAACACUGGUCUAACUGUUCCGGUCACUGGGUCGCCCACUCUCCUUUCCGCGGGUCUUUCGUCGUCUACUCCUUCGUCUGAAUGGGAUCGCAGACCUCUUCAAUACUCACAGCUGUCUCCUCCUUCCAGUUCGCCUCAGCUUUCAAGCAAGCAGUUGCCACCAUCACAGACAGCUCAGCAGCAGCAAAUGAUUCCAGAAUUAUCUCUGCUAGCACGCAUUCCACCUCCAACAAACCCUGCUGAUCAAAAUCCUCCUUGUAAUACUCUAUACGUGGGUAACUUACCUCCUGAUGCCACCGAGAUGGAACUCCGGACACUUUUCCAGCCUCAGAAAGGCUUCCGCAGACUCUCCUUCAAGAACAAGCAGUCCAAUGGUAAUUCGCACCACGGUCCGAUGUGCUUUGUGGAGUUUGAGGAUGUGGCUCAUGCUGCAAGGGCUCUGGCUGAAUUGUACGGACGCACCCUUCCCCGUUCUGGUGGUAGUGCAAAGGGUGGUAUUCGGUUGAGUUUCAGUAAAAAUCCCUUAGGCGUUAGGGGCCCUGGUCAGGCCAGAAGAGGUUCCGGUAACUAUCAUGCUGGUGCCAGCAACGGCAGUAGCAACAACAACAACAACGGCAAUGGUUCUGGAAACCAUGUUAAUAGCAGUAUAAAUGGUGGUAUUAGCAAUAGCCUUAGCAAUGGCAUCGGCAAUAGCAUCGGCAACAGCACCGGCAACAGCAGCAGUGGCAAUGCUAAUGGCACUUCUUCUGAUGGCGCAAACAAUCCACCUAGUACAGAUGGCAUGAUGUCUAAUGGCUACAACUACAACAACGGAUUCAAUCAAUAUUCAUACCAAGCCAAGUAA